AUGAUAAUUUGUUAUGAUAGUAAGGCAAAAACAUCUAUUGAAUUGAAAUAAGUUUAAUAUACUAUUCAUAUUUAACCUGGUUUAGCAGCAGUACAAAUUUGCCAAAUCUAUUCAACUAAAUAAAAUAAAGAUCAAAGUUAAUUAGAAUACUUAUUUAAAAUAGAUUAAAAUUCAGCUGUGUCUAAAAAUGAUUGUUGAACUUGGAGAUUAGAAAGUUUAUGGAGUAAUAAAAGAGUUAGAAGAGGCCAAAAAAAAUAUUAAAAAGGAAUUGAAGAUGGAAAGAAGAUUGUGAUAAGCUAAGAGGAUUAAGAAAUAUCAAAUAUUAAAAAGGCAAAAAUUGGUUGUUUGAGCCCUGGUAAAUUAUUAAAAAAUUAAUUUGUACACAUCCAACCAUUAUAAGUCUUUCUGAAUUAAUUUAGUCUCUGAUUAUAGAUACAAGUUAUCUAACAGUUAAUGAAUUAAAGAACACUUAUAAAGAUUAUGCUUAAAAAUAUUCUUUUGUAAAACAACAUGUUAACAUUUAAACAAUAUAAUUAAAUAAUAAAUAAAAUAUUAAUGUAUUAAUAAAUAUUGGAAAAACCAAUUACAUAUUCUUAGUCUCCAACACACUCGAUACAAUUAAAUUUUUGAUAUUAAUAUGAGGGAGAAAUAAAUUCAUUUAUCAAAUCAACAGAACUAAUUAAGCGUUACUUUAGAUUCAAAUGAUCCCCAAAAUAUGGCACCAAAUAGAAGGUUUGAACUAUUUUUUUCAGGCGACGAUAUUAUAAACCUUAUGCAACACUAAGUCAUACAAAUAAUGAUGCUUUGUAGCAUAUCAGAUAUUGUGCUACUUUAACACUCAUUCCAAAAUUAAAUGAAUUUCGAUUAGAUGCUUAUCAAUUAUUUCUCAAUGGUUUAAAUAUACUAUGAUAGGCAAAAAUCUAAAAGAGUUGUUAUCUUGUUUUUAUUGAUCGCAGUGGUUCAAUGGAUGGAAUAAGAAUUCAAAAAGCCAAACAAUCAUUAAUGCUGUUUCUGA